AUCAACUUUUCGCGAAAGUGGAAUAUAACUGCACUCUCCGCAACUCAGGGACUACACUAGUUACCUCCAGAAAGCCGUAAAUUAAUCGCACGGAGACCCACCAAACCGCAAUCAUGAGACUGUUCUCGUUCCUUAUCGCCGCGCUCACGCUGCUCUCUGGUGCCAUCGCUGUCGACAUCCAGAAGUCGGUUCUUAUCACGUACCCGCCCGAGACGCCCGACUCGGUUGUGACCCAGGCCAAGCAAGCUAUAGUUGACGCUGGCGGAAUGAUCACCCACGAGUACACCCUAAUCAAGGGAUUUGCGGCAAAGGUCGGCGAGAAAGUACUCAGCUCUGUUUCUGCAUGGGGAAGUGAGUACCAAGUACUCGUUGAGGAGGACCAGGAGGUUCACCAGAUGGGUGGUGGCGUCGGCCUCUAAGAGAGGAAUUCCGUCUACACCACAACGGGAGGCGAUCACACGAUAACGAGCCACGAGGUAUUCCGCGACGAUGGAAGAUUCGAGUGAGACAGCGCUCACUGGCGGUGGAAAGAGAGGGAUAGGGGGUUUCCUAGGCGUUAACUAUGGGGGUGGUUCUUUUUAAGCAGCGCGCCGGAAGCAAGGGAACAGCUUGCGAACCGUUGGAUUUAGUGCAGAUCAAAUG